GUUGUCACUGCCGCCUCAGCAUCCAGCGGCCCAUAAGAACGCUCGCAUGGCUUUUGUAUUGCGCCAUAAACGUUUCGCUGCUCGUAACGCCACAACGGCCGUCGCGGCACUCUCUCGACACGGAAAAGCAUGUAACCAGUCGCCCAGACAGACAAACUCUCCAAAAGCGCCCGCGUUUUCCACGUCGCCGACGUCGCCGUCGUAGUCGCGUCUCUGCCGCAGUCUCUGCCGCCUUAGCCACAGCCGCUGCCUCUCUGCCAGCGCUGGCAGCAAGAAUUACCAAUUACACGAAAUUUUUAUACUCUUUUAAAAAUUUCGUUUUAUUAUAAUAUUUAUUAUCGUGGCGCGCAGUAGUGUCUGCGGAACAGCGCUCGCUCAGCUCUCAGCUCCAAUCGCCAAAGCUCCACGCUCCACGCUCAGCCUUCCAGCCACCACUCGACCGAUUCAGAUUCCGAUUCUGUUUCCGAUUCGCCGUGUUUAUUAUUAUUUUGUGCUCGUCUUAUUGUCACUUAACUGUUAUAGUGCGGUUUAUAGUUUAUGUUUUAUAGUGCCACACAGCAGCAACACACAGCAACGAAACAUCCUCUGAAAUAAAACAAUGCGAGUAUAAUGCCAAAUCAGAAGUCGAUCGGGAAAACUGACACUCCGAAAGCCAUCAAAAAUUAAACCGUGACCCCACAAACUGUCAAAACAAGUGUGUGUGUGCAGUACAUAAAAAUUAAAAAGUCAUAAAGUUGACAUCGUAAAAGGUUCGAGAGUUCGAGAGUUCGAUUUCCGCCCUCUACCUGUGGGGCCGGCAAAGAGAGAGAGAGAGAGCGACAGAAGAUCAAAGUGUUUUACGGCAUUUUAAACAAAGUAAUUAAAGCAGAACUGAGCCAGAGAAAGCCUUUCUCCCUCCCAGUUCGAGUCACAGUCACAGUCCCAGCUCCAGAGCCACACACGCACUUGAAGAGUCGUAAAAGGAAACGCUGUGAAUCAUAGCCAAUAGCCGUAAAAACAUAACGCGUCCGAGUGCCGUCGCCGUCAUUAAAAGUCCCGCGCCUAUAAAUCACCCGACGGCAGGCCAGCACCAGCACCAGCGCCCCACCCGUGCAUUUUCCGCGUAAUUGAUGGCCGAUUUUUAAUUGCUUUUACAACAAAUAAAUGUCCCCACCCACACACAUCACAGUACCAGAACAACACCAACAGCAACAGCAACAGCAGCAGCAGCAGCAGAAAGUGCAACUGCAGCAACACGGCAACCCGAAACCAUAUGCAAAUUUAACAAAUUUCGUUGUGAAUCCUCAAUUUCGUUCGAAAAGCAUUGAACAAAUACAAACUGCUCGCCAAUUGGAAGGCGCUUUCCAAUAAAUUAAAAUCCACUUUGAUAGAGAGAGCCCCAGUCGAGCUCUGAAAGAAUCGAUCCAGAAUCACUCGCAAGACACAAGCUAGAAAAACAAAGAUAAAAAGCGAAGACGGAACACUCCCAAGAACACAAAAUAUACCGAGAAGUAAUCGAUCCUAGCCAAGACUCAAGUUAAAAGAAAAUAAAAUAUAAAUAUCCAGAACAGACUCGACUCCGACGCAUUCGACGAUUCGACAAUUCGACGACUCGGCGAUUCUCUGCCGGAGAGCAAAAUAUGUGCAAUGUCAAAAUUUGUUUUCGAUAGUAUGCUGCCAAAGUACCCACAGUUCCAGCCAUUUAUCAGUUCGCACCUAACCAACACCCCCCCAACCUCGUCAUCAGCAGCCGUCGCAGCCGCCCUCGCAGCAGCCGCAGCCUCCGUCUCAGCCAGCUCCAACACCUCGGCGACCGCCAGCAGCAGCACCAACAGCGGCAGCAGCCACCUCAGCCUGCAGACCGGCUCGCUCUCGCCAGGAUCCAGCGCCCUGCACCUGGGCAACCAGCUGCACCAGCAGCACCUGAGCCAGUCCUCCCACUCGCCGGUUUCAUCCUCGUCGCCCUCCUCCGCGGCCCUCUUCCAGCAGCAGGCCCAGCAGCAGCAGCACCAGCAUCAGCAGCUCCACCAGCAGUCGCAGUCCCAGUACUCCUCGCUCUCCGCCGCCCUCCAGCUGCAGCAGCAGCAGCACAUCAACAAGCUAGCAGCCGCCGCGGCUGCCGUCAACUCACAGGGCUCCCACGCUCACGCCCACUCGCACGCCCACGCGCAUCAGCAACUGCUGCUAACACCACCCUCGGCCGGCAACUCGCAGACCGGGGACAGCAGCUGCUCCCCCUCGCCGUCGGCCAGCUCCUCGCUGCACCGCAGCCUCAACGACAACUCGCCCGGAUCCGCGGCAAGCUCUGUAGCAGCCGCAGCAGCCGCUGCUGCCGCCGCCGCCGCGGCCAGCUCUUCGUUUGCCAUCCCCACAAGCAAGAUGUAUCCGUACGUGUCAAACCACCCCAGCAGCCAUGGAGGCCUCUCUGGCAUGGCUGGCUUCUCCGGACUGGAAGAUAAAUCCUGCAGCAGGUACACGGACACCGUGAUGAACAGCUACCAGUCGAUGAGCGUACCUGCCUCGGCGUCCGCCAGCUUCGCACAGUUCUAUCAGCACGCAGCCGCUGCCUCGGCCGUGUCCGCCGCCAACGCCGGAGCAAUGGGCGUGGACCCACUGGGCAACGCCUGCACCCAACCCUCCUCCGGGGUGGUGCCCGGUGCCGGCGGUGCUGGAGGCGGUAUUGGUGAUCUGCCGCGGUAUCCCUGGAUGACGCUCACAGACUGGAUGGGAAGCCCCUUCGAGCGCGUCGUUUGCGGCGAUUUUAAUGGCCCCAACGGAUGCCCACGCCGACGCGGCAGACAGACCUACACGCGCUUCCAGACACUGGAGCUGGAGAAGGAGUUCCACUUCAACCACUACUUGACGCGGCGGCGGCGCAUCGAGAUUGCACACGCGCUCUGCCUGACCGAGCGCCAGAUCAAGAUCUGGUUCCAGAACCGCCGCAUGAAGUUGAAGAAGGAGCUGCGCGCAGUUAAGGAGAUCAACGAGCAGGCCCGACGUGACCGCGAAGAGCAGGAGAAAAUGAAGGCCCAGGAGACGAUGAAAUCCGCCCAGCAGAACAAGCAAGUGCAGCAACAGCAACAGCAGCAGCAGCAGCAGCAGCAACAGCAGCAGCAGCACCAGCAGCAGCAGCAACAGCAGCAGGACCACCACUCGAUCAUCGCACACAAUCCGGGCCACUUGCACCACUCCGUCGUGGGCCAGAACGAUCUCAAGCUCGGCCUGGGCAUGGGCGUGGGUGUUGGUGUCGGCGCUGGGCUCGGACCGGGACUUGGUGGCGGACUCGGCGGCAACCUGGGCAUGAUGAGUGCCCUGGACAAGAGCAACCACGAUCUGCUGAAGGCGGUUAGUAAGGUGAACUCUUAAGCUGCCCCCGCCCCAGCAACACCUUCCGCAUUAGCACCACGCCACCACCGCCCCACGUUCGGCGUUCUUUUUCGCCUCUCCGUCUGAGUAGAGAAAGCGAGAAAGCGAAAGAUAAACUCGAUAACUAAAAUACGUAAACCUUUACAUAGUAAAUAGCUGCAUAAGUCUACAAUUAACGGAUAUAAAAACAUAUAAGCCUACACACACACACACGUACAGUACACACACACACACAUAAAAAUGCGAAAUCAAUGAGUGCGCACUGUGGCUCCGAUGCGGUUUGUGGGGUGAAGGAGUUGAUGCUUUGAGUUAUGUAUCGGUACAUCCGCUCUCCCGAGCUUUCCUGGAGUGGAGCUGUCUAUUUGAUAGGCAGCGCCACCCAAUUCGAUUUUAUUGCAGCUCCACGGAGCCUCUUCUUCCAUUUUCUUCUCCGCUUCAACCCCUAGUGGAUGCUCGAUGGCUCGUUCAAUCGAUUUCCAGCCCCCAGCGAAUCGGAUGUGGGCCGAAGUGCGCAACCUGCUAACAUUAAUAGAUAACUUGAACUACUUAGAAUAGCGAUAGCGAUAGCGGUACAUGCUUAAAGGAUAAGUUUGCGAUCUACGAGCGAUUUUUGAUAGUCAGAGAGUCACCGCGUUACCAGGCGACACCAGCCCAGGGAGGGUAACGAGACGAGAUCAACUGUAAAAUUAUUUUGCGACUGCAGUAGGAUUACACAUACCUAGUACGAGCCACGUUGGACUAUGUUUAACACGAGCACACACACACACACUAUACUAUAUAUAGAGUUAGAGUGUACCUUUGUGUAUUUACAUAACUAUUUAUUGGAAGUCCUUGUUUAUCCUUGUUUUCCCCUGUUCCACUGCUCUGUUUAAGUGAGGUGUUUACCCUGUGUGAUUGCCGCACUUUGUUGUAUGCCCCACGCUAUGGAAACACUGAUUUCUUGAAUGCCAUAUUAAUCUUAAUUCGCCUCAACUAAAACUAAAAGUGCGCAAACGAAUUGCGCAAGAUAAUUUCCAUAAAUACAAGCUGUAAGAACGAACGGUAUGCAACAUACCAGAAGCAUAAUCACGAUUUCAAAUACGUAAUAAUAAUAACAAAUCACGAAACAAAUUCAUGGAAAUAUAAGCGGAAGAAGGAUUGAUUCACACGAAGCCAAGAAAUAUUGAAAAUUGUCGUUUUGCCAGUGACUAAAAUUUUAAAUUAACUACAGUUAAGUGCUAGUCUAGUAUGUGCUAGACGUUGAUUGAUUGCUGGCCUCGCAGGUCCACACACAACCACACAAAAGAAUAACAAACAAACAAACUCUGAAUAGAACUCUGAAAUACGUAUUAGCUUAAGGUUGCAACAACAGAUAAAACAAAAGAAAACUAUCCUCGACAGUUUGUGUCGAUUGUGGGAGAUAGAUACGGGAUAAGGGAUACGGGAUACGGAGAUAGGGCCAACAAAGCGAGAGAGAAAGAGAUGGCGGCAGAACCCCAUAUACGUAGAUUUUCACUUCCCGACAUUAAAUUUACCUAGCAGAAUCUUUGAGGAUUGCAUUAAAGAAUUGAAUGAAAGUCAAGAUCUAUUUAUUAUACACAACCGAUGAGGAGACGAGCGGGCUUACACUGCGCAAAAAUAUUUACGUAAACAAUUAAUGACAAAUAUACAUAUAUAAAUAUAUAUGAAUAUAUAUUACAAAUAUAUACAGUAUGGAACCCUAUGUGUAUGUAUAAAUACCUAAAUGUAUGUGUAUCUAGCGUGUUAACAUUAAAUGCAGUCAAAGUCGAGUCACAUUUUUCCACACACCACCCAGCAAUCAGCAUGCAGAUGCCCAUGCCCAUGACCCACCCUGCGCACGUCUUUCGCUUUAGGAGUACGGACACCCCCUUCAGGUCUGCUUAGUCCCCCUGGUUUGCAUUGGUUCGAGUGAUAUUAAUGGGUAGCGACAACCUUUUGCCUUUUUUCAAGACCUGAUUGAAGAUUGAAGAAAAUUAUGUUACUGUUUCCGUUUCCGAUUCCAGCUUCGUUUUCGUUUCUGUAUAGUUGUGUUUUUUAUUUGGUUAAGUCUGAACUCAUUCGGAUGGCCUAGCAAAUUAGCGCAUAAUUAAUAUUUUGUUUGAUCCUAAAUUCUAAAUACUUCUGUUAAUUUUAGUUUAAGUUUAGUUGUGACGAAUUGUGUAUUAUAUAAUUUUAUGCGAUUUUAAAUGAAUGCGAAAAUAACUACGAUUAAA